UAGUACAUUAUAUAAGUACCUAGUUAAUAUGGCGAGAUGCACGCGUAAGAUUUCAAUAAAUUUUGACAAAAGCGAUGGAGCUACAUUUCAUAACUGCGUCGUUCAUACGCGAUAUUCCACAGCUGGCAAAGUUUACGAAAGGAAACAACCGCUAAAAGUCGCAAUGCCACGAGAAAUGCGAUCCGCCUAUCCUUUGCGAGGAAACAUCUGGGAGUAUCUAAAUGAAGAUAAGAACCCUGGCAACUUUAACUCCCGUUGUAAAAGGCGAAGAAUACGGUGUAAACAAACGAGCGAGAAUCCUGCUGAGAAUAAUGUCAUUUGGCUGGUUUUGCUGCUUUGUUUAGUCAUUUUUAUAACAGUGACCUACUCAAGACUGUCGAGCUUUAUAGCGCACUCCAAAUUUAUAACCAAAGUUGUUCCGAAAACAAGGUUAAUCUCUUUGUACAAUCCUGAGACGUCAGUAGAAGAAGAGUGCUGUUAUGUGAUGAAGAGUCUCUCUGCAUCUCUAUUAAAAGCGGAACAGGCACUGAGAAAUACGCAGCGGCUUCGUCGACUAAUGAUAAUAAGGUCACAAACGUCUAAUUCUGAUGGCGCUCCCUCUCAACACGAAAAAGACUACAUAGAUGAUGCAACAGUUAGCCGAGGCAGCUAUACGUUGCCGUGGACGUCACGCGUCGCUCUUUGGGGGGUUCUGCCCCUAUGGCGGUCGAGCCCCCCUAUGAGCAAUAUGCUGGCCAAACGAAGCGCCGUACCUUCUGACUGUUGGCCUUUUAGUGGUUCUCGUGGAGAAAUUGUCAUCCAACUGAAACAACUUACGGAAGUAAAACGCUUUGGCAUUGAGCACGUUCGACCUGACACUGCGAAAAGUGCUCCGAAGAAUUUCGUCCUUUUCGGUAUUUUAGAUAAUGGGACGUGGAUAAAAACCCUAGAAGCGGAAUAUCUAAACCAGGGGCCAGCCAAGCAAUUCUUCAAAGUCGCCAGUAGCAGUCCUAUACAGAAGAUGCUUUUAAAAAUAUUGACGAAUCAAGGCAAUGCGAACUACACGUGUGUUUAUAGGAUUCAUUUGUAUAGACACAUGAAUUAA